AGACCUAAAGUCACGUGCACUGUUUAACCAAUAAUCUCAAAGAGUGACACAUCUCUGGAGAAGUAGCCCGGCCUAGGUAAAUUAGAAAGGAAAGAACUACGUGAUCGUUAUAAUAACAAAAUUUGCCUAAUCAACAAACUAUACAAAAGGUAUUAAAAGUUUGUUAUUGAAGGAUUAAUGAAUCAGUAAGUUAUUACGAAAUUAUUAACUUUUUCCUUUCGCUUGUCCGUGAAUGUUCUAAUGUCCGGUUAUAAAAGAAGUUUAUUUAUGGUAACCUGGAUUAUUGAUAAGCUAGGAAUGUAGAGAGCAUCUUGUAAUAUUCGCUACAAAAUUCAAAAAUACACAAAUUUAGUGCCAAGGAAUUUUUGUCGAUACCUACCAUGUUUGAACGAUCCUUUUUUUUCCGAGCGCAAUGUAAACAUUGCCAGACGAUAACGAUAUGAAGUACAAUUAUUCCAAUUUGUUAUUAAAUGUGCUUAGCAAUCAUUUUAUAUGGUUGAUAAAGAGAAUUUCUUACUAUUUUCUAAGUAUUGUAGAGAAAUGAAUAACAACACAUAGCUAUAUCCUUUUAGGCACUAAAAAGCAUAACUUGUUUUUGGCCAACACUUUUUACAUUUGUAUAAAAAGACAUAAAGAAUAGUAGUUUGGGCGGGAUAAGCUUAUGAAGCGAAAUGAGAAAGAAAAUGGCUUAGAUUGUAUUUGUAUUCAUAGUAUUUUUGAUCAUUUGUACUUUUGGUGUAAUUAGAUAGCAUCUAAAGUAUAAUAUCAAAAAAAUCACACAGGAAAUAAUGACUCUACGAGCUCCAAGAGAAUUUCGCUUGCAACCUUUGACGAAGCCUCCAAAACCUGCACCUCCGGCCUUCAGAAAAUCUCAAAUUUAUACCGACCCCAGAGUUUUUCGCUUAAUCGAUGCACAUGCUAUUGAACAGGCGCGUGUUAAUUAUAGAACGUUCAAGGAUCUUAUAUGGAACCUCGUUUAUCUUAACAACUAUAAUGAAUUGGAAAAGGUCCGCGUAAUAUUUAGAUGGUUAACUACGAAGAAUAUGCACACCAUUUUCUUUGAUCGAGAAUUACCUGGUACCCCCGAACUGACAUUGGCUGGCUUUAAAGAAGAUAAAUUUACCUAUGCGAACGUAUUUCAGACAAUGUGUCAAUAUUCUGGCUUGUAUUGUGAAACGAUAGCUGGAUGGGCCAAGGGAAUUGAAUAUAGACCUGGCCAAACCAUAACGAAUGGACCACUGAAUCAUACCUGGAACACUGUUAUGAUAGACGGAGACUGGCAUUUAAUUGAUUCCCAUUGGGCCUCAAGAUACUUGCAAACAGAGAACAGAAGUUCUGAAAACCUUGUUUAUGAAUACGACGAUUUUUACUUUCUGACACCACCUGAGGAACUUAUUUAUUCUCAUUUGCCAGAUGAACCAUGCUGGCAGCUGAUAAAGCCACCCAUUACUAAAUAUCAAUUUGAAGAUUUUCCUUUAGUUAAGUCUCACUUUUUCUUAUCUGGACUUGGAUUCGUUAAUCAAAACAAAGGUACAUUGCCAACCUCCAAUGGAAUUAUGUCGUUGACGCUGUCGUACAACCGUCCGGCUAUGUUUACUUUCAAGUUAGUCUACGAUUACGAUAGAUCCGAGUACAUUGGACCAUAUUCGUUGAAACGUUACGUAAUCCAAGAGACGAGGGCCGACGGUCAAGUUUCAUUCUACUUCAGAUCGCCACGAGUGGGGUUUUACUACUUAACAGUGUUUGCUCACCUUCAAACGCCGGGAGAAAGGCUAGGAGUUGAAGCAAUCUUCAAGGCCUGUUGCGAAUAUCGAAUUGAAUGCGAUAGCUGUCCUCCGAAUGUUCAACCCUUCCCAGAAGGAGCGGACCCCAAUUGGGGACCUACAACGACAAUCAUGUACGACUACGGUUUGAGACCUUCUCACCAGGAAGCGAUCUUAUCAGCUCCUAACGGUCUCUGCGAAAUCUAUUUUGAGAAAGAAAGACAUGUUAUUAUAGAUGCUGAGCUCACUGGUGCUGAGCAUCGGGAGAUUCUUGCCCAAUGCGUUGACGUUUCACAGGGUUCUACAAUUGAUACUGUAAGCAUUCGUCUCCCCACCAAAGGAGAAUAUUGUCUUCAAAUAUAUGCAAAUGAUCCUGAAAGAGAUGCUGAAACUUGCAUGUUAGUUUGCCAGUACCUUGUUUCAUUCACUGAAGGAGAAGUAGCAGCAAAUAAAUAUAGAAACAUUUACAACACAAUGGAAUUAAAUAGACAACAGGCCGCUCCCAGUUUGUUACAACCAACUGAUCGUCCUAUAGUGCAACAGCGUAAAUUACCGGCUUUAAGCGAUAGCUAUAGAUGCGAUGUAGAGGAGCCCGCUCAUAGGAUGCCGGGAGCAGAGUAUUUCGCGCAAGGUGAGGCCCUACGGGCGAGAAUGGCCCAACAACAAAUGAACAGACGAGAUUAUGAUCAGCAGCAGCAAGCUCAACAUCAACAACCCCAACACCAGCAGCCUCAACAUCUACAAAGUCAGAAUCAGCAACAUGGACAACAAUGGGCUCAAGCUAACACUGAAAGAAGAGGUAAACCAGUUGAAAUAAUAAGGGAUCGUGGAGCAGGAGGUAAUUACGCAAAUCGUCCACCCACCCUACCGAGGAAUAGACCUGAUCAGCAACAACAACAAAAUCAGCAACAACAACAGCAUCAGCAACAACAAAAUCAAGAUUACAGACCCCAGGGUACUCCGAUAGAAAUUAUAAGGGAGGCACCGGCGAAACCAGUUGAAAUUAUUCGUCCAAAGAGGGCUGACCGUUCUCCGCGAAACGCCUCCCCAACGCCGAUUUCUCAGCAAACUUAUACAUCAGAAGCACAUCCUCAAAUAGGAGCAAGAAGAUAUCCGGAAACCGGAUUUGUACCAGAGCAAGAAUACGUUCCCCACCCAUCUAAUAUGUAUAGACAGGAAAUCAGUCCAACGGCACCGCAAUCUUUCGAACCCCAAGUUCUGGAAUCACAAGAAACACUAAGAACGGCUACACCCGCAAAAGCUACGAAACCUUUCAGAGACACAAGGAUUUUUGAACAUGUUGAUACUCACGCUGUUGAGGUUUCACAGCAAAAACACAGCUCAUUCAAAGAUCUUGUGUGGCAUUUGAUCUAUGCCAGAGGUAUAGAACACGAAUUGGAGAAAGCUAGAGCCAUAUUUUUGUGGCUGUGUUCAAAGGAUUUAGACAGAUUAACUUUCGAUAAUGUCAAACCAGAAACACCAGAAGAAAUUCUAAUGGACUUGAAAACCAGCAAAGCUACUUAUGCCCAUGUAUUCAAAACGUUAUGCAGUUACGCCGGCUUACACUGCCAAAUUAUUUCGGGAUAUGCAAAGGGUGCAGAAUAUACACCAGGCAUGGUCUUCACUGGAACAACAGGGCAACAUUCGUGGAAUGCUGUUAUGAUUGAAGGAACCUGGCGUUUAGUCGAUUGUCAUUGGGCUGCUAGACGUUUAGUUGGUAAAAAAGUAACAAUCGAAAAUGUUCGUUAUGAGUUAGAUGAAUACUAUUUCAUGCCUGCUCCUUCCCAAUUGAUAUUUACGCAUUUCCCAGAAACUCCAAAUUGGCAAUUGCUUGAAAAACCUAUACUUAAAACAGAUUUUGAGAAUUUAGUGCCUGUAAAAUCAACUUUCUUCAAAUACCAACUUAGUACCAGAUCCCAUAAGGAGGCUGUUAUCGAUGUUAGAGAUUCUGUUACUAUACACAUUGGUGUUCAGCCGGAUAUGAUUGACAGAUUAAGCUUUACAAUGACCCUCACAAUGAAAGAUGGUGUCGAUAAAUGGAAUAAUAUUGAGCUUAAACGAUUUUGCAUGCACGAAGUUGCGGGAGAUGUUGCUUAUUUUACUAUUAGACCGCCCGCACCCGGUUCAUACAGCUUAAUUCUAUAUGCAAAAGAGCAAGGUAACGAUCCUGGUGGAAAAAAUGUCUAUGGAGGAAUCUGCGAUUACGAGAUGAAUGUUCUAACCGCUAAACCACAACCUUUCCCUCACCGAGUAUCAUCAACUUACGGUGCUAGUGAGAACGUCAGCAAAUAUAACAUAAAAUCAACAUUAGAAAGUUCAGUUACUUGGACUCAAGAGGAUGGAAUUGCUGAAAUUCCCUUACUUAUCUCAAGACCGAUACGGUUUAACGCUAAACUUAAAUCAGUCGACUCUGACGAUGAUAAAUCUUUAGCGAAUUACAUUCUUCAUAGAGUAGUUAAAGAUACGGCAAUUUUUUGUAUCGCCCCACCAACCUCUGGUGAAUAUGCUUUAGAAAUUUACGCCAAUGAUCAGAAGAUUGAUGGCAAUGCUUUGCUAUUUAUCUAUCAAUUUUUGAUAAUUUGUGAAAAGCCCUCACCAUAUCCAAGGGAAUUACCCAGCAUGCCCCCUGGAUACCUUGGACCCCAAUCGACCUUCAAUAGACUGGGAAUUGACUUAAAAUCACACCCAGAUCCUUAUUUAAUAACAAAUUCCGAUUAUGUGGCAAUUGAGUUUACACUCGACCAACCACUUCGCUUUACUUCUCAACUACUUUUCAUGUCUAAUGGUCGUCAAGAGGAUAUUACUGAUUACAUCCUUCAUCAGGGUACUCCGCAAAGUAUCACCUUACUUGUACGAUUUCCCAGAGGUUAUGGAUUCUAUAAACUCCAAUUAUACGCACUUCCUUACUCAGAUGCUAGUGACAACCUUCCAGGAAUAUUCAACUACUUGAUAGAGUGUAGAGCAGUAAAUACUAAACCCGUUCUCCCAUUCCCGAAACAGUUUGGCCAAUGGAAAGAAGGCUGCAUACUCUACGAACCGUUGGACGGUGUGCUUCUUAGUAAUGCAAGAUGCAACUUCUCCAUAAGAACUCCCCCAGGCGCAAACAGCGUAGCAGUAGUAGUAAACGAUGACUGGAAGAAAUUAGAACAAGACGAAGAUGGAGUCUGGAAUACCCAAAUUAUUGCUCAAGGAAGAAAGAUACCACUCUGCGCUAAUUAUUCGGAAGGAGCAUCACAAUAUUCUACUCUUCUUGAAUUUGACGUUAAUUAA